AGAGAGCGAGGUCAUAUGAACUGCACAGGGCUUGAAGUGCGUCUCACGGAAAUCUUGGGUUGCAGAUCUGACGGAAACACGUGCUAUUCGCUCUCAUCUGCGGCAACGAUGCUUUUCCACGGUCUGCCUGGAGGCGAGAUGCAUGGUGUUAUGGAAGAAAUGGAGCGGAGAGGAAAGAGCGAUUCGGCGACUAUCAGCUCGGCCAUAGAUAUGGGGGAAACAGAGACGAACAUGCCGUCCAUCAGCGGGGACCGGGUGGCUCUAUGUGCGGGCUGCGGAGGGAAGAUCUCCGAUCGGUAUUACCUGCUCGCCGUGGACAAGCAGUGGCACAUGCGCUGUCUGAAGUGCUGCGAGUGUAAACUCAACCUGGAGUCUGAGCUCACCUGCUUCAGCAAAGACGGAAGCAUCUACUGUAAAGAGGACUAUUACAGAAGGUUUUCGGUGCAGAGAUGUGCCCGGUGCCACCUCGGGAUCUCGGCCUCGGAAAUGGUCAUGAGGGCCAGGGAUUUGGUGUACCACUUGAACUGUUUCACCUGCACGACUUGCAACAAAAUGCUGACGACUGGGGACCACUUCGGCAUGAAAGACAGUCUUGUGUACUGCAGGCUACACUUUGAAACGCUCAUCCAGGGAGACUUCCCCGCGCAUUUCAAUCACUCGGAUGUAGCGCCUAAUAAAGGACUGGGCACCACGGGCCCUCUAGGACUGUCUUAUUAUAACGGCGUGAACACCGUGCAGAAGGGCCGGCCCCGAAAGAGGAAGAGCCCGGGGCCCGGAGCGGAUUUAGCGGCAUACAAUGCAGGUGAGGCAAUCACACACUUUUGCAAUGAAAAUGAUGGCGAUCCGAUGGACAGAGACUCUCAGUACAGUUCCAGCCAGAAGACAAAGCGCAUGAGAACGUCUUUUAAACAUCAUCAGCUGAGGACCAUGAAGUCGUAUUUUGCCAUCAAUCACAAUCCUGACGCCAAGGAUCUGAAACAGCUGGCCCAGAAAACAGGUCUCACCAAGCGAGUGCUACAGGUCUGGUUCCAGAACGCUCGGGCCAAGUUCCGACGGAACCUCUUGCGUCAGGAGAACACGGGCAUCGAUAAGGCCUCCGAUGGGUCGACCCUACCUGGAGGAACACCUUCUGGACCUGCCUCGGAGAUUUCCAACACCUCAAUGAGCCCCUCCAGCACCCCAACCACCCUCACAGACCUGACAAACCCCACCAUGCCCACCGUCACCUCCGUACUGACCUCUGUGCCAGGCAGCCUGGACAUUCACGAAUGCCGGAGUCCCUCGCAGAGCACCUUAACCAGCCUCUUCUGAUGCACAGAAUAAAGAACGUUGCCGUGUCACUUCUGUCUGCUUCAGUUGAAGCCCUCAUAGGUUCCUAAUUUGCAACGGACCACUUCAAUAUUCAAAACGCAGAAAUGCAGCAUUACUUUAGCACUGGCACCCGUAAAGCAAACUCCUUCAUGUAGUUACGACACAAUCGAUCGAAUGAUUUAUGAAUAUAAACAACUUACUGACAAACCUCCAUCAGAUGUCCACACCGAUCUACCUGGGACUCUUUUGUACAGGCCAGGAACUUUGUGCCAAUCUGAUUCAAAAGACUUUACUGGGACUAUGGGGCAUGGGGAACUUAUCCAGACAACUCUUCUUUGGCCACUUAGCCACUUUAGAGUAUUGCAUCAUGGGGCAUAUUCAAGUCUGACUGCAAGUCGUGUUGAUAUUUUUUCGUUUAGAGACUUUGGAGCAUCUGAGGAGACUUGAUUAGCAUUUUAAUUCUCGUUUUCCCCAGCCACGUUUACAGUGAGAGACUGAUGUCGCAGAUUAUGGGACUUCGUUGGUUCGUCAACCUCUUAUUUAUAUUGACGCACAGAGGUCAGUGUGAGGAAACUUGGAUUAUAAUGUGAAUAAUUACACAAGAUGACGAGUGUAAACAGCAUAACUAAGCCUGACUGUCACGUGCCUUAUCCCGCAGUGUAGUCACUGAAGCCGCUUUAGCAUCGCUUUACGAAUGACAUCGAG